AUGGCUAAGAAACAAACGAAGAAACAAACGGUGAAGAAAGCAACCAAAAAAGAAACGAAGAAAGAAACGACGCCGAUCAAGGACGAUAACUCUUCCUGGUGCAACAUGGUCGAAUGGGAGCCGGUACGUCACCACACCCACACUUGCGAAGAGUUCCAGGAGCACACCUGGAAAGGCUGCGAUCAGCUUCAUAUGGAGUGCCCGACGGCAUUGCAAAAAAUGAAGGACCGACAUUAUCUUGUCAAUCGGAAGACACUUCAUCAUAAGGUAUAUUCCAUUGUACGUGUCAUCGAAAUAAACAGGAAUCUGUCAGGUGACUGCCGACCACAACAAGUACCGCUCCAUGGGAAUGGAGCAGAAGCGACAGGAGCUCUCGUUGAAAAUCAUCAAGCUCGUCGAUGAAACCUGGGCAAAAGUGCUGAUAACACCAUUCUCGGUGGCUCAGCUGGAUUCGAUUUGUUUGGCGGUCACGUUUGCGGAACUCUGGGGAUGGACGAAUCGAGUGAUGGUGUCCGAGCACCACGAAUACGGAGUUUUCCUCCCUGUCACCCUCGUCAGAGAGUUCGUAAAGGGCUACGAGAUGCUUGAGAAAGUGACGCAGAAAAUGAAAGUGGCGAAAAACAACUACGAGUUCAUUAUCAAGCUCCGAGAUGAAGUGGUCAAGUUCUUGCAAACGAUGUACCGAAUCACGGUGCCGCUUCGCAAUGGAACCGAACUCCAUAACCCGAACGAUAUGAACGACAUUCGCUACGUGCCGUACGAUCAGGAUUGGCUCAGAACCAGCUCGUUCUCACUGUAAGCUGUCAUCCAACCAAAUCGAAUAAUGCAGUCUCAAAUCACAGAUACGAAACGAAUGGCUGGGCAACCAUCAGCCGAAUCAACCAAAUCGCGCUUUGCCAAGAGCGUCUGAACAUCCUUUUCGCGGCGAAAAAUAUCCCGCUUCCACCGAACGCCCACAAAUGCCCACGGAAAUUCGAGCCGACCCGACUGCUCGAAGAAGGUUAUUCGAACGACAUUGAAUACUCGGCGAGGAUGUACUACUAUGACACGUGUAAACAACUGGUCGAGCUGGAUUCAAAAGACUCCCUGCUGCAGAACACGAACGCCUUCCACUACUUCCAAAUCUUCAGCAGUCUGAUUCGUUCGCGCAAGAAGGAUCUUCUGGUUGAAAUUUCGGGACUCGCCGGGCAAAAAAGUCAAGGGUUCAUCUACGCCGCCCAGCAACUCAUGGCAGUGUUCGUUGUCCUGGAGACCCAUUUCCUCCUCAUCCAACGCGUUUUUGCUCCCUACAUGGACAACGACCUCGGAAUGUUCGGAUUUCAAUUCCCUUCAGAGGUACGCCGCUCGAAAUGAGUUUAUUCAAUAGUCCAUUGAUUAUUACAGGUUGGAUUCCAUAUGCAGAGUGUGUUCAAGACCAUUCUGACGGGAAAUCACGCGGAUCUGUCUGAAAAUCGUGCUCUGUUGAAGGCGCUGGAUCUUGUUCGGGAAGCAGUUGCGGACUCUGUCAAGGAUUUCUUCCUCCACCAAGAAUACAAAAUGGAGCAGCUCGUGAGAGGUUCGACGAACAUCGACUUCUACAAGAACCUGUUCGAUAGACACACCAUCCCAAUUAGAAAUCGCUUGAACAACAAGGAUCUGAUCAGGAACAUGAAGUUGGAGAACAUCGAGCUGUGGCGUCUCAGAAAUCAGAGACAAUUGGCUUUUGAGGCACUCGCGUUGCGUCUUCAGGGGUAAGAACCAGACUGAUAAAUUUGUUCAGAUAAACGUUUUUUUUUCAGCAAUGAUGCUCCCAAGUUCGCGGUCAAUCAGUUCAAUCCAAAAACUGGCGUAUUCUUUUCCAAUCACUUCGAUCUGAGGAACUGGCACGCCGCCCAACAGCUUGGAAGAGAAAUGUUUGGACAAUGGAAGACGCUUUGCCUUCAAAUAUCCGGAUACCCUUCGGAAUAUGUCGGUUUUGUCGGAGCGGAGUUUGCCGCGUUUAUGGAUCAGUCUCUACCAAAACAUAUCACCGAAGACGUCCGGAGCAGUUUGACGCUGAGCUUCACCAGAGCGGUCACCAUCAAUUUCAUGCUGACCGAAGUGGAAGGCGACAAGAUCAUAAUUGAUAUAAAUCGAGGAAGAUUCCGUCUCCGAAAGGCGGCCGAGAUGCUGCUGCCGCUGAUUAAACACUCGAUCGAAAACAAAAAGAACAACCUGCAGGAGAAUUUCAAGACGUGGUGUUUCGAAUAUGAAACCGAGUUCACUUCCCGCGGAGACUUCGGAGUCUUUUCGCAAGAUGAUAUUUCAACAAUCUUCUAUCUGUUCGAAAAGAGUCUUCCCGUCAGCUUCGCCGUUCUUCUGGAUUCCAUCUGA